CCAACAAAAUUUUCAUCAUUUUUGAGCCCAUUGAAGAAGUGGCGGUUGGAUCAUAUAAAAAACCCAAUACCAUUUCCUUCUUCGAAUAGAUCCAUUCACGAUCGACCUCUCUUCUUCUUGCUUCGAGGAUACCAUUGCCAGCAACUAGAUCCAGUUGCUGUAAACAGGGCUUUUCUGUGGUCUAUUUCUCUGAUUAAUCAAAAUGGUUGUGCUUGCUGCUUCUGUAGUGAGCAAGUCUGGGAAAGUGCUCGUUUCUAGGCAGUUUGUGGACAUGUCGCGUAUGAGGAUUGAAGGUCUUCUUGCAGCCUUUCCUAAAUUGAUUGGAACUGGAAAGCAGCACACAUAUGUUGAGACUGAGAAUGUGCGAUAUGUUUACCAGCCAAUAGAGGCUUUGUACUUGCUACUUGUGACAAAUAAACAGAGCAACAUUCUUGAAGAUUUGGAGACUCUGAGGCUGCUCUCCAAGCUUGUGCCUGAAUACUCCUUGUCUCUUGAUGAAGAGGGCAUUUGCAAGACAGCUUUUGAGUUGAUUUUUGCGUUUGAUGAGGUCAUCUCCCUUGGACACAAGGAAAAUGUGACUGUUGCGCAGGUUAAGCAGUACUGUGAGAUGGAGAGUCAUGAAGAGAAACUGCACAAGCUGGUAUUGCAAAGCAAGAUCAACGAAACCAAGGAUGUCAUGAAGCGCAAAGCUAGUGAGAUUGACAAAAGCAAGAUUGAAAAGAAUAAAGGUGAUAAAGGAGGAUUUAUGUCCUUACAGUCAAUGGGUUCUGGAAGAAUUGAGAGUAAAUUUAGUGAUAUGAGCAUUUCUAGCAGUGAAGGUGGUUUUGGAAGUGGUUCUGGGUUUGGAUUGACCACUGAUGUUGACUCCUUUUCCAGCAAAUCUAAAGGUCGUCAGCCAUCAUCUGCCACUGCUCCCCCUAAAGGUCUUGGUAUGAAGCUCGGUAAAACCCAGAGGACAAACCAAUUUUUGGAAUCACUGAAAGCAGAAGGUGAAGUGAUUCUUGACGAAGUGCAGCCAAAGGCAGGUCAAUCCAGAUCUGCUGCUGCACCACCAACUGAUCCCAUUACUUUGACCGUUGAGGAGAAACUCAAUGUGACUUUAAGAAGAGAUGGCGGAAUGAAUAACUUUGACGUUCAAGGGCAGUUGUCACUUCAGAUUCUUAAUCAAGAAGAUGGGCUAAUCCAAGUUCAGAUUGAAACUGGAGGAAAUCCAGCCAUCCUCUUCAAGACACACCCCAAUAUGAUCAAAGAAUUAUUUGCCAAUGAAAAUAUUCUAGGCUUAAAGGAUCCUAGUAGACCUUUCCCCACUGGUGAUGCAGCAGGUGUUGGUCUUCUGAAAUGGAGAAUGCAAAGUGGUGAUGAGUCAAUGGUGCCAUUGACAAUCAACUGCUGGCCCUCUGUUUCUGGAAAUGAAACUUUUGUCAGCAUUGAAUAUGAGGCUUCAUCCUUGUUUGAUCUGCGAAAUGUCGUGAUCUCAGUACCUCUUCCAGCUCUUCGAGAGGCACCAAGUGUUAGGCAGAUUGAUGGAGAAUGGAGGUAUGACUCGAGAAAUUCCAUCCUGGAAUGGUCCAUUCUUCUAAUUGAUAACUCUAACCGCAGUGGAUCAAUGGAAUUUGUUGUGCCUCCAGCAGAUUCAUCAGCAUUCUUCCCUAUUUCUGUUAGGUUUUCAGCCACAAGCACAUACAGUGAGCUGAAGGUUGCCAAUGUUCUGCCUCUGAGAGGUGGACCUCCUCCAAAGUUUUCUCAAAGGACGCAAUUGGUGACAGAGAAUUACCAAGUAGUCUGAACAAUGUUCGUCCUUUCCUUAUCCCUUCUCAAUGUUGUGAUUUUGAUUGUGAUUAUUGAUUUUGACUGGUAUGAACCUGGCCCUUUUUGUAUCACAUUAAUAGCUUUAUGGUCAUUUCUACAUUACUUUGGUUGUAUGUACUUAGGUGGGUUAUCUCUUUGUGGAUUCUUAUGCUGAAAGUUCUUUUCAGUUUUGCAA